AUGAAUUACUUCUCAGCUCCUCUGCUGCGACUGACUGCAUCUCUUAGUCUGCAGUCGGCGUUGAAGUAUGUCCUCACCCAGGGAGACUCUCUUCUCAUUACAACACUGGCAUCUCUCGCGGAUCAAGGCGCCUAUGCGCUUGCUUCAAACUAUGGAGGCCUCAUUGCACGCAUGCUUUUCCAACCCAUUGAAGAGAGUAGUCGCAACAUGUUCGCCAAGCUAUGCGCCAAUGUAGAAACAUCGUCGUCAACGGAAAAGAAGGAUCUAAAGAAGUCGGACGAACAAAAGCAAAACCUUGCUCAAGCUUCUAGGGUAUUGAGUACCAUACUUAGACUCUACGGGAUCAUCUCAUUGUUCGCGGUUACACUAGGACCUGUACUAGCCCCAGUACUUCUCUCCAUCGUUGCCGGGCAAAAGUGGUCUGCAACCUCUGCUUCGCAGGUACUCUCCACGUAUUGCUACUACAUACCCUUCCUCGCUAUCAACGGAGUCACGGAGGCUUUUGUAGCCGCAGUGGCAACCAACAAAGAGCUAUACGCACAGUCCAUUUCUAUGGGCAUCUUCUUUGCGCUCUUCGCGGGUAGUGCUUGGUUCUUCAUCGGGCAGCUCGAGAUGGGAGGCAAUGGCGUGGUUCUUGCAAACACGGUCAACAUGGGCUUGCGCAUCGUCUGGAACACCUGGUUUAUUGGCAGGUUCUUCGCAAGGAACGGCUCCGAGUUCAAUGUACUCGAGACGUUGCCCUCACUUGCUGCCGUGGCACCCGCAGCUGUUAUACCUACCCUGAUGCGAACGAAGCCUGCAAUCAGCUUUCUUGGACGGCUUGGGGUGCUUGGGGAGUUGAUCAGCAUGGGUGCAGUGGGUGGUGUUUACGUCUUGCACGUUCUUUUCUUCGAACGGCAGUUUCUCGUAGACUGCUAUCGCAUGCUCCGGCCGUCGCGGUCUGCUCAGCCACCCACGAAGUCGACUUGA